AUGUUAGCUUACCUGCUGCAUAUAAUAUUGAACGUGGGCACCGAAAUCUGCGCUAUGCCUUCGACCUCUGCAUCCAACAAACAGCCCGAAAGGGCCCCGAGAAGGACACUCAUGGCAUGCGAAUUUUGUCGAGGUCGAAAGCUGAAAUGUGAUGGAAAUCGUCCUUCCUGUGCGAAUUGCCGGAGACGCCAGAUUGCCUGCACCUACAAGCCAGUCAAUGCGAAUAAGUGA